CUUUGCCUCCGGGCUUCCUACCGCGGACUUCUUACACUGCAGUUAAAGCUCCCGUGGGACCGGCGAGCAGCGGGGAGCCCCGUCCGCCGCCGCCUCCACGCUUCCCCGGUCACAAGGAGGAUUUUCGCUCGGUAACGCGAACCCCGAGCGCUUCCCAGGGAAGCGCCCGCGGGAGCCCCGCGGCCGCGGUGAGCGCACGGCAGGUGCUGCCGGCCCGGCCCGGCCCCGACGGGGGCCGCGGGGGAACGGGGGGCGGCCGCAGCGCCGGGGCGGGGAAGGAACAAAGCCGCUGCCGAGGGCGCGCUGCCCCGACGGGGCCGGCCGGCACGGUGCCGCCCGCAGCGGGGCGGGGUGACCGGGGCACCCGGCCCCCCUUCUCCGUGCACACACACACACACACACAGACGCCCGGACACACGCGUUCCCGGGCACACACAGAGGCACCGGCGGCCGCCGGUGAGCGGCGGGAGGAUGCGGCAGCUGCAGCCCUGGGCGCUGGUGCUGGGCGGGCUGCUGUGUGUAGCCGCCACCGCCGCCGAGCCGCCGCGGAGCUACCCGCACAGCGCGGUGCUGGACGGCGCGGCCGUGUACCGCCUGCGCUGGGGCCGCCGCGGCAGCGCCGUCGCCUUUCGCCUAGAGGUGCGCACCCGCGGAUACGUGGGCUUCGGGCUCUCCGCCAGCGGCGGCAUGGCCUCGGCCGAUAUCGUGGUGGGGGGCGUGGAGCGGGGCCAGCCCUACCUGCAGGAUUAUUUUACAGAUGAAAACAGAGUGCUCAAAAAAGACCCUCAACAGGAUUACCAUCUGGAAUAUGCCAUGGAAAACAGUACACAUACAAUACUGGCUUUUAGCAGAGAACUGCACACUUGUGACACAAAUGACAAGAGCAUAACGGAGAGCACAGUGCGGGUAAUAUGGGCAUACCACCACAAAGACAUGGGAGAAGCAGGUCAAAACUACCAUGGGUCUAAUCGUGGUACAAAGAGUCUCCGUCUACUGAAUCCUGAGAAAGAAGAAGUCUCAUUUGCCUCUUUGCCAUACUUUGACUUGACAAACAAAGACGUGCCUGUACCAGAAAAGGAUACAACAUAUUGGUGCCAAAUGUUUAAGAUUCCUGUACAACAUGAAAAGCAUCACGUGAUAAAGGUUGAGCCGUUGAUCCAGAAAGGCCACGAGAAUCUGGUGCACCAUAUUCUGCUCCAUCAGUGCAGCAGCAAUUUGAAUGACAGUGUGCUCGACGAUGGGCAUGAGUGUUACCACCCCAACAUGCCAGACUCUUUUUUCGCAUGUGAGACAGUCAUUUUUGCUUGGGCCAUUGGAGGAGAGGGCUUCACCUACCCUCCUCAUGUUGGCUUAUCCAUUGGCACAGCAGCUGACCCUCAGUUCGUUCUUAUGGAGGUGCAUUAUGACAAUCCAUCAUACACAGAAGGCUUGAUAGAUAACUCUGGUCUGAGGCUAAUUUAUACUCCAGUUUUAAGGAAAUACGAUGCUGGGGUUAUUGAAGCUGGUCUUUGGGUCAGCCUCUUCCACAAUAUCCCACCGGGCAUGCCUGAAUUUGUGUCAGAGGGUCACUGCACGCUGGAAUGUCUAGAAGAGGCUCUAGGUGCUGAAAGACCUGCUGGGAUUCAUGUACUUGCGGUACUACUUCAUGCCCAUCUUGCUGGCAGAGCUAUUAGGAUGCGCCACUUCCGCAACAGCGAGGAGCAGAAGCUGCUUGCUUAUGAUGAUGAGUUUGACUUCAACUUCCAGGAAUUUCAGUAUCUGAAAGAAGAAAGAACCAUCUUGCCAGGGGAUAACUUAAUCACAGAAUGUCACUACAGUACUGUGGACAGAAUUCGCAUGACAUGGGGUGGUCUGAGCACCAGGAAUGAAAUGUGUCUGUCGUAUCUGCUCUAUUACCCGAGAAUCAACCUCACCCGAUGUGCAAGUAUUCCAGAUAUAAUGGAACAGCUCCAGUUCAUUGGUGUUAAGGAAAUCUAUAGGCCAGUCAGGACUUGGCCUUUCAUUAUCAAGAGCCCUAAACAAUAUAAAAACCUGUCUUUUACGGAUGCAAUGAACAAAUUCAAAUGGUCCAGAUCGGAGGGUCUCUCCUAUAAUGAACUUGUGCUUAAACUGCCAGUCAAUGUGAGAUGUUCAAAAACAGAUAAUGCAGAAUGGUCGAUCCAAGGCAUGACAGCUUUACCUCCUGAAAUAGAAAGACCAUACAAGACAGAACCAGUAAUAUGCAGCUCAUCUUCCUGUUUACGUUUCAGUUUAUUCCUAACCCUAUUGUUUGUUGUACAUGUCACAGCCAGUGCUAUAGGAAACAUUGGACCCUUUGUAUAAUAUUUUUUAUUCAUUUGUGUUCUGUAUGCCAUGCAAGUUCUGAUGUGUUUGCACUGUUGCUAUAGUAGAUUUAUUUUUUUACAUAUUAAUAAACUAAAUUUGCCAGAACAAAAUGUGUAUUCCUCUGAAAACUGGGGGGAGGUGUAGGUUUUCAAUGUAAAGUAUGUAUAAAACACAGUAGGUACACUGGCACAUUGCAUAUUGAAAUGUUUUCCUGUACCAUUUUGUUACACUUUGUCCUGGCUCUUUCACGUGGUGUUUUAAAAAUCAACUAUGUAUAUGGGUAAAAUUAAUAAACUAAAAGCAACUUAGUUAGCCACAUUCA